AGAGUACAAAUCCUUCCACGUCCGCCAUAUUGACGUGCACGUCAACUGUAGGGGAUAUAUUUCGUGAAUGUGUUAGCAUUUUUCUAUUUUUGAAGAUUUAGAACAAAGAAAUAUCAUCCAAAACCUGGAACCAUGGGGAACAUGUUUGCAAAUUUAUUUAAAGGCCUUUUUGGCAAAAAAGAGAUGAGGAUAUUGAUGGUAGGACUUGAUGCAGCUGGUAAAACAACAAUUUUGUAUAAAUUAAAACUAGGAGAAAUUGUUACAACAAUUCCUACUAUUGGAUUUAAUGUGGAAACUGUAGAAUAUAAGAAUAUAAGCUUUACUGUAUGGGAUGUAGGUGGUCAGGAUAAAAUUAGGCCAUUAUGGAGACAUUACUUCCAAAACACACAGGGCCUCAUUUUUGUAGUGGACAGUAAUGAUAGGGAACGUAUAGGUGAGGCAAAGGACGAGUUGAUGAGGAUGUUAGCUGAAGACGAGUUGAGGGAUGCAGUGCUUUUAAUAUUUGCAAACAAACAGGAUUUGCCAAAUGCAAUGAACGCGGCCGAGAUAACAGACAAGUUGGGCUUGCAUUCGCUAAGGAACAGAAACUGGUACAUUCAAGCCACCUGUGCUACUAGUGGAGAUGGUUUAUACGAAGGCCUUGAUUGGCUUUCUAAUCAGUUAAAGAAUGCAAAUCGUUGAAGUGAAGUGUGUUACGUUUCGCAAUCGUUUUUCAGACGAUUGUCUUUCGAAAACUGGUUGGACUAUCAGUGUUACUGUACCGUAUGUUGCAAUUAUGAUAUUUUAGCAGUUGUCUGAUGUAUGAUUAAAAACUACAAACUAAAUAAACCUAUCUGAUUUCUAAUUAUUUUAUCGGUGAUCGUUUCAGCCCGAUCAUACAUUGGACAAGAGCAACGAUAGUGAAUAUUUUUAUAGUGUAUUUAUGCUUUAUUAAAACUUAUUUGGUAUGAAAUGACUUGUGUUGUUUCUCUGCUUCUCCUUUUAAUAAAGCAGUUUUUAAUUUA